AUGACUCUUCAAGUUCGUCUUGGCGAUAUCCAACAUCAUUCUAAUAUACUCGAAGCUCAUGUUCGAAUGUAUUUCAUUUCCAAAUGUAGUACUCAAGGAAACGAAAUUAUUCCUCUGAACUUGAUCGAUAUGAAUGUUGGCUUUAGUAGUGGUCAAGAUCGUCUCUUACUUGUUUGGCCUAUCAUUAUCGAACAUCGCAUCGAUCCAAAAAGUCCACUUUGGUUAAUGGAUAAAAAAGCUUUAGCAAAAGCUGAUUUCGAAUUGUUAGUUGUCUUCGAAGGUAUAGUUGAACCAACAGGACUGCUAACACAAACAAAAACUUCUUACACGUCACAAGAUAUCGUAUGGGGAGCAAGAUUUGAAGAAAUUGUUUAUUAUGAUUCACUUACUGGAUUAACGGUCGAUUAUUCGAAAUUCAAUUCGAUUAUCUUAGAUAAUAACAUUGGACCGAUUUCAGCUAUUCAACUGAAUACACAAUAUUCCGAAGACUAA